CGGCAGGCACGGCGCACACGCGGUCGCCGUUAAACACGCCGUAAAGCCGUCCGUCACAAAACCUGUUCGCGCGAUUGAGAUCCUUCGCGAUGCUCUUUGCUGGCCCUGCCCCGUCAACCGUUUGCUCGCCGCGGUUGAACGCUUGCGUGUAGCGCUCUCAGCGGAUCGGCGUGCGCGAUGAUGGGUUACCUCUAGCCGUUAUUAAACGAGGGUCCAGCGUCAGCGCGCCUUGUUUGGGAUAAUCCACUUCGCUGCUACACCGCGUGCUACAACACCAAUAAAUUAGAGCAUCGCAAGAAGCCGUGUUCUUGUUUUCCUCCUCUCUUCGUCUGCGUUCACACAUCUACGUUAUUAGAGCCAUGGCCUCCUCUAACCGCGGCAUCCAGAUCGGUUCCGGCUGGUUCCAGACCAAAAUUAAUCUCAGGCCGCAACACCGGGGUGUUCACUUAGUCACCGAGGAGAUUCUCAGGCAGGUCCCUGAGCUCUGCCAAUUUUCUAUCGGUCUCUGCCAUAUUCAAAUUCUCCAUACCUCAGCUAGUUUAGCGUUAAAUGAGAGCUGGGAUCCAGAUGUAAGAGAUGAUAUGGAAAUGAUGCUUAACAAAAUAGUUCCUGAGGGUUUAGAUUACAGACAUAGCUGUGAAGGGCCUGACGACAUGCCAGCGCACGUAAAGGCUUGUUUCUUGGGUUCUUCGUUAAGUAUCCCAAUAACUGAUGGUAAAUUGGCACUGGGCACGUGGCAGGGUAUCUGGUUAGGCGAACACCGCGACCACGCUGGCAGCCGUAAGCUGGUGGUAACAUUGACUGGUGUUUUAAGGGACUCCGCACGCAGCCCUCUUAGCCCGGUCAGUCCCAUCGCCUCUACUAGCAGCUAGGACCACUCGCACCCCCGAAGGCGUGGCAAACGUCAGCCGCGCGCGUCCAUCUCGAGUGACUCAAGCUAGCAGCCGCUUCAAGCUCUAGUCAAGUUCUCUAAGAGUACAAUCCAUUGAAAAAAAAGUGAGUCGGAUAUCUCACGGACUUAUCCAAUGCCCAGAGAGAGAAAGAGAGCGAGAGAAAGAGAGAGAGAGGGAGAGAGUGAAAGAGAAAAAGAAAGAAAGAAAGAGAGAGCCACCACCAUUAGCGAUCAACCGAGUCCUUGGCGUUCUCCGCGUCAACUAUUAAACGGACAAACCGGGAUCGCGCACUGUUCAAGACUUCUGUGCGUGCGUGUAUGUGCUUCAAAGUUUUGUUCAUGUCUCUGAUGUCAUUCAGCAAGAGUAUAUAUAUAUAUAUAUAUACACACAUACACACAUAUAUAUGUAACAAAGCUAUUGAGAUUGUUGAAAGUUCCUCAGAAAAGGGUAAUUUGUGAGACGACAAAAGUUUUUUGAGCUUUCUUCUUGCCGAGUCUUUUAUGCUCGCAAAACCCGCGAGGAAUUUACAGUUUUUAAAAGGGCUGAUAUAAUUUCUCCUUCACAGCCCGGGAAUUCAAAUUCUAAAGAAAUUUUUACUCACUCAAACCGGUCGCACGAAGAAGGAUGAUCUAUUUAAAAAAAAAAAAAAGAAAAAAAAAGGAAAAAAAACAAAAUCUCGAAUUUGAAGCCGCGAAAUAAAAAAUAUCUAAGACUGAGAAAGUGUUAUUGACACAUCCGUGUCAGUUCGGAGAGAAUUCUAAAGUCCAGGAACGUGGUGCAAGUUUCCAAAGUUUUUGGACAUUCAAUUUCUUACAAAGACGCCGGAACUUUGCAACAACUCAAAAUGCUUCAUUCUCAUUUCUUCAUUCCUGAUUUUUUUUUUAACGCGUUGACCACACGGAAUAUCCGAUACAAUAAUAAUGUUAAUGAUACUAAUAUUAAUAACGAUAAUGGGUAAAACGAAGGAAAUACAAAAAAAAGGGAGACGAAGAAAUAAGAGAAGUGAAGAAAAAAACUGCCAUGCGCGUCUCAUUUAAAAAAACAAACUGUGAAAUAAACGCGAGCAUUCCAGCGCUCUUCCGCCUCGCUCUUAAAGAGGGAAGUAAGCGAAAAAAAAAUGUGAGGAAUCUACUCAAAUAAAAAACAAAAAAACAAAAAAAUUCAAAAAAAAGAAAAAACAAAAACACGAAAGAUGGAGUUCAGAGGGGAGUAUGAAUCUGUGCACACAUUCCGAGAUAACGCGUCCAAAAACUCCGAAUUUACAUAGCUUUAUUUAGGUGAUCCUUUUGUAUAAUCCAAGAUAUAACAAGAAUUAUAUAUACGAACAGCUAUAUAUAUGCAGGGACUCACAUCCUUUUUUUACACUCUGCUGUCUUUGGGCUUGUCUCACAAUGGGAGAUAUAUAAAAAGAAUGGGUGAAUAGGAGAAAAAAGAAAACAGAAACACACAAUGAGGAUAAUAAGAAUGAAAGAGCGUAAAUGUGAUGUGAUUUACGAACUCUUUCUGAUUUGCCGUUGAGAAAAGAAGAUUUAUGAGAUUAGGAGCUGAAUCAAUUGCUGGCGGGGGGAAAAAAAAAAAAUAUGGCGUUUCCAUCGCAUUUGGGGGUGUGUAUAUGUAUAUAAGAGAAAGUCCGACGAUGAUACUGUUGUACACGUUUCCGCUAGAGUUAUAAAUGUUAUAUCACCACAGAUACCUAUCGCGAUUACAUCCUAUUAUAAUAUAGUGUGCGUGUACAGAGCGUUGGAAAAUUCGAGUUCAAUUCCACUAUUUAGUUUUUCAAGAACUUUGCUAAAAUAAUAUUUUUGCACUCGAAUUUUGCGACAUUCUACAAUAAUUGUGUGAAAAAACAAAACCAAAAAAAAAAAAACAAGGUUAUAUCAUACAUCCGCGGAGUCGAUAGCGAGACUCGACGAGAUUUGUAAUUUAUUUUUAUUCAUUUUUUUUUCUUGAUUGUUCGUGUCAUAAGUGAAAUAUUAUUUUAUUCGAGAAGACAACAGAUUAGGGGGAAGUAUUAAUUAAUACUUCUUUCAAUAUUGAAAUAUUGCCGUGAAUUUUAAAGUUGUUACGCGUUUUUUUUAUAAAUAUUAAAUUUAUUUAAAAAAAAAUCGAGAAAAAAUGUUUUCGAUUAAACGCGGUUUUCUCAUCGAGAGAGAUUGUCCGAGUUAUCUUAGGUUUUACUUUGGUUUAGUUAUAUAUUUAUUUAAAGUGACAAAGAGUUCGAAAAUAAUCUUUCUCAUCAAAAUUCCAGAGGAGGUAAAUUUAAGUGGCUAGAUCUGCCGCGCUUGCUAUUUUUUAUAGCUUGAAGUUUUACUUUUUAUCUUCAAGAAAAAUCACAUAUUAUAAACGAAGUCUAUUCACAAGCUAUCAAUUCUUGCUUUCUAAAAGGUCACUAUUUUCAGAGAGAAGGGUGGUUCAAUAGAUCUAACACUGCGAUAAAUUGUAAUGUUGGAUCGUCGCGAAGAUAUAAUAAUAACAAUAUUCCACUUUCGAAACGCUCUUUGUGAAAAAACAAAAAACAAAAAAAAAACAAAAAAAAAAAAAACUAUCAACUUGUAAGAAAUCUUUAAAAUGUGAUAUAAAUUCCAAUUACUUUUUAAUAAUCUUCACACGGCUUCGCUUCUACCGGAAGUAAAGUAAAUACGCGUUUUUCCUUUUGUUUCAAAACGGUCAUUGGAGAAAGAAAAUAUUAAGGUAUAAGUCUUUACGACGAAUCAACAACAAGUGGUAUUUAUAUACAACAUUAUAAAUGGAAGCUUAUAUUGCCACCGCAAUAAUGUCGAAACGAGCAAGCAAGCAGUCAGAUAGACGAGAGAACGUGGGAGAGAACAGAGAGAGAGACAGAACAGGUGUUGUUGUUUAGUCGUUAAUCUCUUCAUCGUACAUAGGCGUGCAAAAAAAAAAAAAAAAAAUAAAUAAAUAAAUAAAAGAUGCGUCAUCGUCCAUUACGUGAUUAAAUGGACCUAUGCUUUCAUGUAAAGUAUGUCUCUAUCUAUACAGUUCACAUAGCUUUAAAAAAAAAAAAAAAGAAAAAACAUUAUCGGAGCUCAAAGUAUAAUGUAAUGUAAUAUAAUGGUACACUGUCGAAGUUAUCGUACGUGUCGUCCCUAUUCGUAAAAAAAAAAAAAAGAAAAACGGAGCAUAUUUAGGAGACGUGGAGGAGACUCCGGUACAAUGCACAAAAAAACAAAACAAAACAAAAAAAAAAGUAAACUAAACGCUCUUUGAGCCUCUCCACAGCUCCUAUUGUGUCCAUCACGAACACGACUUUAAGGUCAACAGCCAACCACACACAGUUCGUGCUUUAAGGCGAGGCGGUUAGCAUUUUAAUCUGUACACACGCAUAAAUAAUUAUUGUAAAUAAUAACGGAUUGCUGAACUUCAGACGAGGCUGCGUUCUCGGAAAAUUUUUAGACGGUAUGUUACAUAUGUAUAUUCAGCGUGAGAUCUAUCGGAGCCCCACGGGACCCUCCGCGCGGGUUAUCCUCAAGAAUUUACAAAAUCUCUUUUCGAACUCGCAACACAAACCACACGUAACUCUCGUGAAUCUCUUAAUUCUUUUUUGCCGUUUCAGAAGAUCGUUUUUCAAAGAUAAUUCGCGAUUGUUUCGCAAAAAACAAAAGUUAUCUUUUUAUUUAUUAUCUUGACAUUGCUAAGAUAAUUUUCAUCGGCAAAUUUGUCGAGUUUCGAAUUUACAUGUUUUUUUUUUUUUUUUAUGUGUAAUAUCUUUAUUCUUUCGUUUCUCAAAAAAUUUUAAAUUUUUUGUGAAUUUCGUUUUUGUGAAAAAUUAUCGCUUUUACUACUACUUGCGUAGAACAUAUCUUUGCAAAUCGAUUUUAUUCCUCGGAAUCUUGAGUGCUCUUACAAAUUUCUAUCUUCGGAGAUCGGGCUCCUUUUAAAUGCAUUGUAAAACAAUUAAGAGUCACGAUUACUUGUUGUAUUUGCCAAAAAAAAAAAAAAAAAUUAACUCUAAAACAAAAAAAAAUUCAUUUCCAAGCGUAAGCUUUUUCCCGCUUACGCGCAGCGAACGCGGAUCUAAUUAUUGCAACGCAUGCAGGCUCCGUCAGUCCCUCUUUGCACUCUUGCGUAAGUAAAAAUAUUUUCUACCAUUUAGAAAUAAAGAACUGUUACAACACAAACGUGGCACAUUAAUGUACAUGUGAUGAACCAAUUAAUGAAUACCUUGGAUUAUUA